AUGGCGACGACUCCAGCUGGCCGUACUCUGUACAAGAAGAAGGAUGGCAUCCUAACAAUCACCCCCGACCUUCAAGGCGUGACAUGGACGCCCAAUUCUGGUGGUCCUCCUACCGUCUCAUUACCUGUUUCCAAAAUAACCAACUUGCAGCAGACGCCAGAUGGAGCUCCCAAAGUUAUGCUUAAGAUAUUCGAGCAGAAUCCCAGUGGCGGUGAUCCUGUUACCUACCUCUUUCAUUUCAAUACCGAUGAGGCCAAAAAGGAGGCGUCUUCCUUCAAAGAUGUUCUAUCCCGUCUACUCUCAGAGGCACGAGGCAGCGACCCUAAUGUCCCACGCCCAGUCGGCUCAUCUACGCCGCAGGGAGCUCCUGGUACUGGUGGCAGUGCAUCGGCAACAAUGGCAUUCGCAAGUGCCGCCAACUCACAGCAGUCCUCGGCUCGUUGGUUUGACGACCAGCAGCUGAAGAACGACAUCGAGCUGCAGCGGUCGCUCAUGAAGAAGGACCUGGGCCUCAAUGAAACGUACAUGGACGCCCUCACCACAAAGCCGGAGUCGAUAUCUGUCGCCGCCUUUAACUCACAAUUCUGGUCUACCAGAACAAAUCUGCUACGGGCACACGCCAUCGAGUCAAAUCAGAAAAAAGGCCCUUACAACGUCCUCUCGACAGUCAAACCGCGAACAGUGGAUGGUGAAAUGAAACUGAAUAUCAGCGUCGAGCAGGUCCAGAUGAUUUUCGCCCAGCACCCCCUCGUAAAGCGUAUAUACAAUGAAAAUGUUCCAAAGCUGUCGGAAGCCGACUUUUGGUCUAGGUUUUUCCUGAGUCGGUUAUCAAAGAAGUUGCGGGGAGAGCGUGUUACCGACAACGAUACCACCGACGCCAUCUUUGACAAAUACGAUGUCAACGAAAACUUGCAAAAUGUGCAAAGCAAAAUCAUGUCCCAGCACGUCCCUCAUAUCAUUGACAUUGAGGCCAACGAAGAAAACCAGGGGGGUUUCAAGAGCGGUAACGCCAAAGACGUUGAGAUGCGGCCCAGGGCGAACAUCCCCAUCGUGCAGACACUAAACAGUCUCAGUGAGAAAAUCAUGGCAAACGUCGCGCCAUCGGAUACUCCAAAUGACGACAGGGCCGAGUACUACAGGGAGCUGGCGCUGCGGGAUCUACGCGGCGAUGCUGAAGAACGCCGCAUCAUGCUCAACGUGAAGGAGCAAAACAAAUUCUUCGCAAAGCACGACUCCGCGCCGUCCAGUAACGCCAAGGUCUUUUCAAAGCAGGACCCCUCCAGCGUCCUGCUGAAAAUGCAGGGCACGUUUAACACCGUGGCCAUUGACUUCGUGGCUGGCGUAAACCUGCAGGCUGCCAUUGACUUUGACGACGGCAGCGACAGCGACGACGAGGAGCCCCCGCGGAAGAAGCCGAGCAGCUCGCGGCGCGCCAUCAUCGACGCCGAAAAGGACGUUCUGAACGGGAUCACCCAGCGGCGCGCGCAAAAGUACGGCAACGGCUCCGAAAACGACGCCACCACUACCACGACCACACCCAUGGGUCUGCCCGCGCCCAUCGCCGAGCGCUGCGCGCUCACGCACGCCACCACCGUCGAGUUCUUGCACCAGUUCUGGGACGCUUUCCUGUCCGGGGACCCGGACCGCGCCGGCGAACUACAGUACCUCGCCGAGUCGCUGCGGCGCUCGUCCACGCGCAUCAACGCCGUGGCCGACGAGGCCGCCACCGAGCGCGACGAGGCUGUCCGCCGCGCCAAGCAGGAGAUCCGCGAUCACUUUGAGCGCACCGGCAAGAAGAUCCGGUGGAAGCCCGAUAUGGUCGGCGGCGGCCGUGACGCCGUCGUGGCCCUGAUGCAGCCCACGCUCGACGCCCUUCAAAAGGCGCAGGCCGACUACGCGCGCGCUCUGGCCGCGGAGGGCGUGCAGGUAUCGACCGAGGCGUAG